GUGAGAGUCACGUGGGGUCCACUCCGAGAGAGGACGGCGCUCCGGCAUGGACCGACUCGGCCUGGGAGCAGGCCUGCCCGCUGAAACUGCUUCGCCUUAUGAUACUUCGGAUCUUAUUCCAAGCAUUGCAGCAAAUUCCAAGAAGCUCUUGUUAAAGAUCUCCAGCAAGGACUCAAUUGUGAAGGCAUGCCUGCAACAGCAGGAAGAACAUGACAGAAAAGUGAAGGAAGAAAUCCAUUCUUACUUCAACAGUGUAAAGGUUGUACAUGAGCAGCAUGAGAAGGCCUUCAUCCAGUGUGUGGACCAGAUCCACGGAGAAGGCAAACAGGAUUAUCAUACCCUUGAAGAUCGCCUUGCAGAGGCUGAGAAAACCCUUCGUGAUAUCAUUGUGGAAUGUGAUCUCAUUCAGAAAGCUGAGCCUUUCCCUGCCAGACUAGGACAAGAGCUUGUUUCAAAGUACAUGGAAGCUCAAAGAAGCAUCAAGGGCUGGGAACCUCCACAGAAAUAUCUGAAGUUCAGGUUUGUUGGCAAGAACCUGGGAGUUGACCUAUCCAUGGAACAGUAUGGCUUCAUGGCCUUUACAGACAUCCUUCCUGAAGACUUGUGCCUGACAGAGAAUCUGAGGGAGCGUAUCUCAGCUAUCCCCUUCAAGGUCACCAUUCAGUCAUGCAAGCCAGUGGAUCAGGAGCUGUUCAAAUACCUUGUUGGAGAGGUUCAGUAUCCCAAUGGUCGGAGCACUGUCUUGGAUUUGGAAUGCUGUCAGGGGAACACAAUCAAUGCAGUUGUCACUCCUGGUCAACAAGGAAUACCGUUGACUCUAACUGCUGCAACAACUGACAUGGACCAAACAAGUCAAGAUGCACUAAGUUCUGCAACAACCUCAAAAGCUGAAGCUAGAUCUAAAUUGUACAGGAAGUGGUCAAUAUCAGCAGAUGUUGAUGGUGGUAGCAAAGUCAAUGCAGAGCUUUCACCACCAGGUCCUUCUCAAAAAGUGUCCUUCUCUGCCCAGGAACUUGGAGCAAGAAGAAUGAGGAUUGCAACUUCUGAAGUGCAGAAGCGCUUGGGCAUGAGCAAUAGUUGCCAUCAGCAGCAAGCACCAGUCUCUCAGCUCCAACGAACACUUCUGCCCCAUUCAACAGAUAAUGCUUCCACCUCUCUGGGUCUAGAUGAGGGUUCCUCGGGGAGAUCUUCUUCAUUGAGUACAUCUACUCAAGCAUUGACUCAACCCUCAGCCCCUGAAUCAUCAUUGGAGUCCUUAGUUCCAGCUGAAGUUGCUACAAAACGGAAGCGUUAUUAUGUUGCUGGUCCAAAUCCUUCUGUUUGUCAACCAGCACGUGUUGAUCUAUCUGGUGCAAAUGCAACACCCUUUUCUGAAGUCCCAUCUGGUGAUCAUCUCCAACGCUCAUCCUCUCCAGAUGAGCUCAUCAGAAUCAUUCACCGAAAGCCACACGAUGGAAUUGGAGGUGCACCUAAAUUCAGUGCAUGUGAAUUGGGUGGAAUUAAGAAGGAAGAGGGAACUCCAUCUUCAGCUGCUGGUGAUGAAAGGCAGUGGGAAUCAUGUGCCAGCACUGCUCCUGUGAAAUUGACUCUUUCAGAUAUGGUGUCAUUAGAGAACCCAGUCUGCUCUUUAACUCCUGAUAUAGCGAGAUCAAUUGGCAUUGCUGCUGAGAACAGACAUAAUGAAGGAAACAUGGCUCAUAUGUCUCAAAAGCAGAAGGAAUUGGAUUGUAAUUCUUCAAAGAGCAGCAAAGAAGUUGCCAGGAAUGUGACCAACACAUCAGCAUCUACCAAGGAUACAAGGGAGGUUACGCAACUUGAACCCAAGACAAGAGAACUGAGAAAGCCAGAGAACAUUCAGCUUAAAGAGGAAGAAGUGAAACCUCCUGAGCCCAAUGGGAAUGCUAAAGGGAGGACGGUGAAACAGCCAGAGCAACGUAGGAAUGUCAGAGAGAGGAUAAGAUGGCCAGAGAGACUUGUCUCACGCAAUAGUCCCUAUCUGUUCACCAUAGAAGCCUUGCUAUCAGCCAAAAGGACCAGCAGCAUUCAGGGAAGACUCAUAGGAAUAAUUGGUGGAGGACAAGACUCAUCCCAUGGUGCAGAAGAAUUAGCUGACCUGGAUCACCCAAUAGGGGUUGAGAUCACAUCCAAGGGGAACAUUAUUGUAGCAGACACGGGGCAUGAUUGCCUGAAGCUCUUUCAGAACACAGGAAAGCUCAUACGAGUUGUGAAUCAACCAAAGUCAGCUUUGCGACGGCCAUCUGCCAUCACUAUGGUCUGGGAGAACACCUUCGCCAUUCGAAGUGAUUGGGAUGUGAGUUACUUCACAUUGGAGGGAGAGUACAUUGCAGGAGUCCGGCCAUCAGAUCUGAAAAAGCCAUUUGGUCUCACCAAGGAUUCCAGGGGAAAUCUUGUGACAAUAGAUGUUCAGUAUUCAGGCCCCCUUUUGUGCUUCAUUGAUCGUGGACUCGUGACGAAGCGGGUCCCCCUCGAUGUUUCGUUCAAUAAUAUGACCUGGUUACGAUCCAAACCCCGGUUUCUGACUUGCCACUAUGAUCCCAUAACCGACAGAAACUUCUUUGCCAUCGUGGACCUUGGGGUGGACCAAGUCUUGUUGGCGGAUGAAUGUGGCACAGUUUACAACAUCAUCGGAAGGACCGGACAAGGAAUUGGACAGUUCCGAGACCCUUCGGGUGCCACUUUUGACCCUUCUGGGCACUUACUUGUUGCUGACAGUCGAAAUCAUCGGAUUCAGGUGUUCCGACCAGGCGGAGGUUUCCUCACCGUGUUGGAGCUGGACGUGCCGCCCAACAGACCGUCUGGCAUCGCCCUCAGCGACGAGGGAGUCCUGGCCGUGGCCAACUACUGGGGCAACAGCGUCCACCUCUACCAACUCAUGUGAAUCCUCGCUCCAACCCUCUCUGUCUCUCUUCCGUCCUCUUGCUUUCUAUUUCUAGUGCGUUCUGGCCUCGAGUGAGUGAAUCGGUCGAGUCAAGGCGCAGCGAAAAGUACUGUUUCGUUUCUUAAGACAGGAGAGUCACGGGACCGGCUCGGAAUUUGAGUGGCCCCUUCCAUUUUUGGAUAGGGCCAAUUAAAUUUCUGUCAGAGGCGGAUGACGGUUGCUUUGCAUCUUGAUAGAAUCUCCAUGGAGUACCAAAAUGCUGAUCUCAAUUAAGCUAUUCCGAUAAGAAGUGGAACCAUCCCAUUUGCUUUACCAGUAUACCUCAUUGAUCAACAUGGUCCAUUCAAGUAGGACUGCAGUCGCUCCGGAAGCAUUCCAGCUCCUACGGCGAGCCAUGGGUCUUGGGAGUUUUGCAUAUCGUCCGCGACUCCAAGUGAUUAAUUAAUUCCUUUUGCAAGGAAGCGAAUAAAUUAUUUCCCCUUCAUGUAAUGUAAGUAGUUAGGGAGGGAAUUUUUGUUUAAACUGGAAUCUUGUUUCCACGUCAUCUUUGCCCCUGCAUUGGAGGUUACCCUCAUGUGACAGCCUAAAGAAAUGCCAGAGAGUCGUCACGGCGACCCUCGGCAACUUCUCGCGCUUCUAGACGGCCGAGACUCGACACGAAAUCCCUUAUCUGUGUUAGUGAAUCCGGUAGAGCCUUUCCAGUCGUUGAGACCGGGAAUGCUCGUUGUUGGGAUCGAGUGAAAUGGUCAGGGCAUCUCCAGUCGUCGAUCUGUUUGUGUGAUCUGCUUGCUCAGUCGAGAAAAUCCAACGUCUUGAUGCUACUGUGCUAUGAACCAGUGGGUCUGGCAGCGAAAAACUCAAUCGUGAUUCUUUCCACGCGCUCACCCGUGGCUCACCGUGAGCUUUGUAAAUUCAGUUCCCGCCCCCUCCGUGCCUAUUUGUCUCGUAGUUACGUAUGACUUCUCUCUCGAUCGCUCGUCCCGUUCGUGUGUCUUUCGGAUCGUUUGGAGGAUGAGAGUCUCGGUGCGGAGGGCUCGUCGGUCGAGAGGUCUCGGGCGCGUUCGGUUCGUUCUU